AUGGUGGUAGGGCGGAAAUUAUUAGGAAUUGAUGGUGGUGGCGCACGAGGUGUGUCACCAUUGGAGUUUAUGACCGAGCUCCAAAAGCUUCUAGGGAAUUGUCUUCUUCACGAUCUGAUUGACUUGGCUUUAGGCACAAGCUCAGACGAAUCUAACCGUCAUUUAGGAGGUCUGACCGUUCUGGCUCAAUUCCAUCAGAAAUGGCCUGUUUCAGAAUGUGCAUCGACAUUUGAGACACUUGCAAUCAAGUGCUUCUCCGGUUCAGGGUCUUUAAUUGGUCGACUGAAAUCAAUGGUGAACUAUAUAACUACUGACGCGAUGUACAAGGAGAAUCUUUUAGAGAGAGCUCUUCAGGAAACCUUUCAGGCUUGUGAAUUCUUUGGCUUUGUGCCUCAUAUUAUACAGGGGACUAAAGUGGCAGUGACUGCUACGUCAGGUGGUAACAGUCGCACUAUUCUGACAAAUUACAAUGGACCUGUGGCACUGAGUGGCAAAGAAGGAUAUUCGCUCGUUCGUCCUGACGAUAUACUUCACGAACCUCUUCUUUGGCAAGCGUUGGGCCCGCGCCACAACCGCUGCACCAAUCCAAUCAAAAUCGGUGAUCAAGAGUUCUGGGACGGUGGAUUGGGCUUCCCGAACCCAAUAGAACUCGCUACUUGGGAAGCGAAGCGAAUUUGGUCUGAGAAUACGGUUCAUGAUAUUACCCUCUCCCUCGGCACUGGAGAAGUCAUAAAAGGUAAAAGUAAUGUGAAAAGAAGCAGCCAUUCAAUUAUACGACUCUGGGCAUCUUUUAUGGAUUUUCUUGAUGGGCAUACCCGCUCCCGUGAUAUGACAAACUGUCUUAGUGAACAGCACAGAAAGGAUUAUUUUCGUCUUGACACUCAGCUCUCGUCACCCAUUCGAUUAGAUGAUGUGGAAAAUCUACAGUCGCAAAAGGAAAGGAUUCACCUCAACCCACUUUGCCAAUUAACUGAAGUCGCUACAGCACUCCUUGUAUCUAAUUUCUUCUUCACACUUGAUCAGCCCUCAUGCUACCAAGGAGGAUUUUACUAUUGCCAGGGCUCGAUCCGCUGUCGUAUAAACCCAAAGGACGUCUUCAAUGCCCUUGGCGAGCUUCAUGCCUCAACCCUUCAGUUUGUCAUUGAAAGCGAAGUAAUUGGUGAUUGUAGCAUCGCCAAUAUCUGCGCAGCGUGCUGUCGGUAUCGAAAGCAGGUCUCCUUCUUUGUGCGCCAGCCAAAGGAUAUAGUCAGCAUUUCUCUCCAAGGAAAACAAAGCUUUCAACGGAAAAUAAGUGGUUUUCCCAACUCGAUACAAUGGUUUGAAGUGCAGCAAGGCUUUCAUUCGCCAUUUGGAAAACAAAAUACGCACUUUCUUACUUUCUCGUGCCCCAUUUGCGAUGAGUCUAAAAAGCGCAAAGCUUCUGGGAAUGGAAUUAUAUCAGAGUCCUUCAAAAAGAAGAAAAGGAUACCUGCUUCGUGA